GAGGAUGAUAUCCCCUUACUCCUGCCAAAGCGGUAUCGUCCAGGAGUUCAAGAAGAUCCUGACAGUCAGGAUGGCAGUACACCAUCCGCAGCCACCUCUACCACUCGUUCUAACUUUUCUUUUGGGCGGAUGGCGCGUGGUAUGGUGGACUCGUUGAUACCCGAGCCUCUAAGACCACGUCGCGUGCUUCAGAAACGCCCUGAGCAAGUUGGUUUUGAGCUUACUGGCCAUUUGAACGCGAGCACCGAAGCACUUUAUGAAACAUACGAGGGGAAGCAUGAGGGUAGAGCCGUUUCGUCUGUCUAUGAUAGCAGCCGCCCUUGGCCAGCCUCGACUAUUACUAGCGAAGGCCAUCCUAGUCACGAGGCUGGUGAAGGCAACCUGGGGGUCUAUCAGGAAGAGGCAGUUGGGCCCUACGAUGGGAUCGAUGCGAGUGACACGCAGGCCCGAAACGUCCAGGCCACUCCUGUACAAGCCGUCGCUGGCUCCGAUUACAUCUUUCGUCAAAACCUCCCCUUUCGAGAGCAGUUUGAGCAAGGGGGAAAUACGAAGGGCAAGCAGAGCGAGGGUGUGAGUUCUCAUGCAGGAGACGGGGACGAAGACGUCUUCGUCGAGCCCGCCCAGGCAGCAGAGCCAGUUGUCAAACUGACACACACGUUUGCAAACAAAGAAGAGGAGCUGCUUGCGCAGGUGGCCGCACUCAGAAUCCCCACCAUCACUAGCGCACGUCGUAAACAAACACCUAGCUGGGCCAUCGCCACCGAAUUUUCUCCUCUCCUUCAACAGGUUGGGGAGUACGUUCCAUUUGACCCUAUUGAUCCUUACCAUCUCAGCGGCAACCCCAAGAAGAAGACUCUUUACGGUCCUGAAGGCUAUUUGGGCAAGCAAAAGGAGUGGAGGCAGACUCAGUUUCAGAAAAUGGUGACCAAAGUGGGAUCCAUGGGCGUUCGCGUCGUAAACUCCAUUCGUCGUUCUCUUGACCGCAAGUCAGAGGACAAGAAAACCGAACUUCUUCAUGGCAUUGUGAUGAAACCAAACAUCACCAUUAGCCUCGACCGUGAGACUCAGGCCAUAAUCUACUCUAAGCUCGAACUGUUCAUGGUCGUGGCCGCCAACGAGUAUCUUCUUGUUCAGUUGCAUCACAACCGUUUCGAAGGCAACGACUCUAUCAAGCGCUUCGUCGACUACUGGAACGAGAAGAACCGCCCUAUUGUACCCGAGUUUCAGUUUGACAUGAAAACCCAGCGCGACAUUGUAUCUCACAAUAUUCGCAGCUUCGAGUUCACUGGCAAGUACAGUCUCGACCCGGUUCUCUUGAAGACCACCAUGGCUGCUUGGGCUAGCGUUAUCAACCAGCUAGGUGUUCGCACCUUCUGCUGGCCUGACAGCGCGAUCAAGAAGCUGUUCCACGACGUCUACCCUGUCCUCGAGAUGCUCGACGCAGAUGCUGAAAUCAUGACUGUCUUCGUCAAAUUGCGCCAGUUGAUGAUGGAACUCAUCGAGGAGGGAAAGAAGCAUAAAAAAGUCGACCAG